UAUAUAUACGCAUGUGAAGUGUAGCAGACAACACUACUUUUAUAUAUAUAUAUUGUAUAGUCACUCCGAUAAAUUGAAUUUUCGGAUUCUGAAAUAGUGAACCAAUUAAUUUACAAUUAGUGAGUAUCAUGUGAUUGAGAAGCUUAUCUUAAGUCCUCACCAAGAGAGGACCACUUCAAUCGAAACUUAUUCAUUUUAUCAAAGUUAAUGAAAUACUUUGAUGGAUGAAUUAGAUAUUUGGAUCGAGUGGCUAGUUGUAGACCGUACACAAUAUUUGGACGUUCUUCAAAAAUAUACUUAACAUGUUUAAUAGAAUAAAUAGAGACUUAGUACCUAUAAAGGCACAUUAUUUCCUUUUUUACGCAGGUACUAGUCCACUUAUGCAAUUUCUGCCAACAGUUGCUAAACAACUGGGAUUUUCAGGAAAGGAAGUAGGCUUUAUAUAUACAAUACUCCCAAUAUCAGGCUUGAUAGCAAAGCCACUUUUUGGAAGUUUUGCAGACAAAUUUAGACUACAUAAAGGAAUUUUCAUUGCCUUUCAAGUUAUUUUAGCUAUAGCUUUUUUAACAAUUAACUUCAUACCUGAAGAAGAACCUAGUGCUAGUUCAAGACUGACAUGUCGUGGAGACACUUUUUUAAGAAUAUGCUCCAAAGAUGAAUUACCAAAAGAACCAAUAUAUUUGCAAGAUAUAGUUAGCUGUCAAUUAGUUUGUUCAGUUACACCAAAUGAUACAAUUUCCAUUUGUAACUCUUGGCAUAUAGAUGAUGUUUGUGUUUCUAACAAAGACAAAAUGGAGUAUGAACAACAAAUGCAAAACUUAAAAUUGAUAAACUUCAAAAUAUCAUUUAAUAUGUCUUAUGACGAUCAAUUAGAAGCAACAAAAUGUUUAUAUAUGAAGGUACAGAGUGCCACAUUUGCUUCUGGGAAUAUUUCAAAAACUUGGUGUGCCAUGUCUCCAUUUGAUGUUCCAUGUAGAAUAAGGUGUCCAAAAGUUCCUUAUCUUGAUAGUUUGAUAAAAAAUAUAAGCCAAACUGAUCCUCAAAAGCCAUCUAGUUGGAAUUUUCAAUGGUUUUUGUGGGCAUGCAUUAUCAGUUGGAUUGGUAUGGCUGUGGUAGUUAGUAUAGGGGAUGCAAUUUGUAUUAAUUUAUUAGGAGAUUCAAAGAAUCAUGAUUAUGGAAAACAAAAAAUGUGGGGAAGUGUUGGAGUUGGAAUAUUUGGAAUUGGUAUAGGAUAUCUUAUAGAUCUUUUCAGUAAAGGACAAGAAAUAAAAGAUUAUAGUUCUGCUUUUUAUAUCAUGCUAAUUAUCAUGGCAUUUGAUGUUGCAGUGUCAUCCAUGUUAAAAAAGCCAAUGGAUGGUACAAAUGAGCCAUCAGUAUUUUGGGAGUUAUGGUCUAUAUUUAAAGAAGGCAGAGUACUUGUGUUUGCUUGGUGGUGUGUAGGUGCAGGCAUGUGUACUGGAGUAGUAUGGAAUUUUUUGUUCUGGUAUACUGAAGAUAUUUCUACAGGUAAAGAAUGGUUGAAAACCUUACAAGGAUUACUUACAGGAGUUCAAUGUUUCUUUGGUGAAAUGCCUUUCAACUUUAUAUCAGGCAAUAUUCUGAGAAAAAUAGGACAUAUAAAUGUCAUGAGCCUUGUGCUUUUGAUAUAUUCAAUUAGGUUUAUGGCUUACAGUAUAUUUGCUAAUGUGUGGGUGUUCUUAGUUCUUGAACUUCUUCAUGGCCCUUCUUUCGGCUUAUGCUGGCCAACAAUGGUUUCAUAUGGAGAUAAAGUGUCUCCUUCGGGUACAAAGGCAACUAUCCAAGGACUUGUGGGGGCAAUUUUCGAAGGAAUUGGUGUAUCAGCAGGAAGCCUACUUUGUGGCUACCUUAUGGAUAAAUAUAAAGGUAUAAUAACAUUCAGAGUUUUCUCAGUUGGAGCUCUUAUAUGGUUAAGUAGCUUUUGGAUAUUGCAACUAUUGUUACGAAAGACUAAAGCAUAUCCACUGCAACAAGGCCAUACUCAUCUGGCUAGUUAUGCACUGGAUGAUGAUGCAAUUAUAAUGACUAUGAGUCAAGAAAUGCAGACAUAUUAAGAAACAAUAACUAGAUACAUUAUAACUAUUUGUUCGAUAAAUGAAUGCUUUAAUUGUAAAGGAUAAUAGGCAUGUAAUUUUGAAAAUAUUCUACAUUAAUGUUUAUUAUUUAAGAAAUUCUAUUAUAAAAAUGUUUUUUUGAACUAUUCAAUUUUCGUUUAUUACUUAAAUUAAUUUUAUGAUUUAGUUAUUACUUGGAGAAUCUCUAACGCAAUCCACUUGAAUUUACUUUGUAUCAUAAUGGCUACAGUUAGUUAUAUUUUUAUAAAGUGAGUUUAGUGUGAUUUAUUAUGAUUCAGUAUUUGUAAGAAGUGAACAAAAGUGUGUAAGGAAUGUUGACAAUUGCUUUUUAAACAUAAAACUUAAAAACAUUUGUAUAUUUUAAUUUUAAUAAAUCUUUGAUAUUUUACAAAUGUGCUUUCAAUAACAAAAAAUAUUUUUCGAUACUUCGUGCGCAAAGUGCGCCUUCCCCGCACGCUCGGCAGAAAACAUGCGUUGAAAAUCGCACUUUCCACACGUCGUAUCAAAAAAUACGGUACGGCACAUGUUCUCGCUUCGCUCGGGCGUAAACGCCACA